AAUCAUCACCUUAACCAUUUUUCCAAAUAUUUUAGAAGUUUCAAAACUUGUCCUAGCAUUACUCUCGUGUAUCAUAUAUACUACUACUUUAGCUUCAUAUUUAGCCCUAGAUAUAUAUAAUACGUUCUUUUAUAUAUGGAUUAUUAUAACCAUCACCGUGUUAUGUUAGCCACUUUUUGCGCAUAUUUUCUACUCUUUUUUUCUAUCCACGUAGUGCAUGGCACUACUACUACUAAUAAUAACACUAUUAUAUCACCAUGCAGCCAAACCCCAUAUCCUCAUGUGUGUCAUUUUUACAUGACCAAAAAUAAUAACUAUCUCCCGUCAACCCUAGACAACAACCGUUUCAACUCGGACUUUUCCUUCCGUGACUUGGCCCUGAAAGUCACCAUGGAGCAAGCCGUCGAGGCACAGCGCCUGGUCGCGGCCAUCGACACGAACUCGUUCGACGCGCGCGGAAAGGCGGCCUGGCAAGACUGUGUCGAGCUCUACAAGGGCACCGUCGACCUCCUCAACCGUUCUAUUUCGAACUCCAAAAACGUUAACAAGAACACUCAUCUCGACACCCAUACAUGGUUGAGUGCUUCCUUUGCAAAUCACCAAACUUGUCGAAACGGUUUCGACGAGUUCGGGCUCUCUUCUUCCCACUUUGAAACCAAUUUCCCUUCCAUGCUUGGCAACUUCUCCAAGUUGCUUAGCAACUCCCUUGCGAUUCAUAAGUCCGUUUCGCCUAAAACUACGUCGUUUGGCAAAGACACUACUACCACUCAUGGACGACGGUUGCUUUCUGAUGAUCACCACGACGGGUCUUCGUUCUGGCCGGAGUGGCUUUCGGUGGCUAACCGAAAGCUUCUUCAAUCUGGGACGAAAGCCGCUGAUGUGGUGGUGGCCCAAGACGGCUCCGGGGACUAUAAGACUAUCUCGGAGGGUGUUCAGGCGGCGGCUAAGCUCGGUGGUGUGAGUAAGAGAAUCGUUAUACAUGUGAAAUCGGGUGUUUAUAAGGAAAAUGUUGAAAUUAAAAAAGAUAUAAAUAAUUUAAUGGUUAUUGGGGAUGGUAUCGAUGCUACUGUCGUUACAGGAAAUCGAAAUCAGGUUGAUGGUUCAACAACUUUUGGAUCGGCCACUUUUGCGGUUUCCGGCGACAGCUUCAUCGCUCAGGACAUGACGUUCGUAAACACCGCCGGACCGGCGAAGCAUCAAGCUGUGGCCCUCCGUUCCGGCUCCGAUCAUUCCGUCUUCUACCGCUGCAGCUUCAAAGGCUACCAAGACACCUUAUACGUCUACUCUCAGCGCCAGUUCUAUCGGGAUUGUGACAUCUACGGCACCGUUGACUUCAUCUUCGGCGACGCGGUCGCCGUCAUCCAAAACUCAAACAUCAACGCCAUAAAACCCAUGGAAGGACAGAAAAACACCGUCACAGCCCAAGCCCGGACCGACCCAAAUGAGAACACGGGCAUCGUUAUCCACAACUCUCGUAUUUCGGCGGCUUCUGACACCUAUCUCGGUCGGCCAUGGCAGAAGUAUUCGAGAACGAUUGUCAUGAAGACUGGUCUUGCCGGGAAUAUUAACCCUGCCGGUUGGCUUCCGUGGAGCGGGAAUUUCGCUCUAAGUACUCUUUAUUACGCUGAGUACAUGAACACCGGCGCCGGCGCUGGAACUGGCGGGAGGGUUAACUGGCCUGGUUAUCAUGUUUUGACGAGUCCGGCGGAGGCCGGGAAGUAUACUGUGGGAAAUUUCUUGGCCGGAAGUUCGUGGAUUCCGUCAGGAAUUCCUUUUUCAUCCUCUCUGUGAUGAAUCAAAAUAAAAUAAUUAGAAGAUAUUUUUGGUUUGUUUGUCAAAAAUAUGGAUAGUGGAGAGGGAGGGAAGGGUUUAAAUGUCAUUUUAGUUAAAGUUGCCAAACUGUCAUAUAAUAGUCUCAAUAGGCUGGUGUUGUCUUGUUUUGCUUUCUUAAAUGAUGUUUUUCUUUUUCUUGUUUUUUUUUUUUUGUGGUGUAAAGACCCAACAUAUCAUUAUCAAGGGUGUGAAUAUAUAUAUAUAUGAUGCAAUGCAUAUUAAUAAUGUUUAUCCGUAUCAAAUUUGCAUUGGAUGAAA